CGCCCCUUCCCCGUCGUCGUCUCUCCCUCCGCCCGUCUUUCUUUCCCUGCCACUCGUUCGCCCCUGUCGUUCUCGUCCGUUACCGAAAAUACCUAUGCGCCUCGUAGUCGUUUGCACCGCACUACCCACGCAAACCGUACUUACGGCUCGGCGGUUGAUGUACGUCGACGCUACACGCUGCGACACGACGCUACUGUAGUCGCCUCGAGCGUAUAGCGUCUGCAGCACGGAAUUCUAUUUCGCCGGCCACCACGAUACUGCAGCGAGAGCCGUGGCCGGCGGUGGACUCUAUAGCGACGGUGGUGGCCAUCGGAUGCAGUCCGGUCGUCGGGCGGCGGAGGAAGAACCGCGGGUGAUGCACGCGGCCGACCGUCGUCAUGGGCUGUAACCCGAGCAAAGACGGAGGCGCCGUCGUCGGUGAAGGCGUGGGAGGAGAUGGCGGAGGAGGGGAGGUCACCAACAAACUGUCCUCGGCCGCCGAGUCGGACUCGGCCGAAACGCUCUUGAUACCGUUGAGUGACGAUUCGGGAGAACGCGACAGUUUGACCAGUUCGGUUAGCGAAGAAGAAAACUCCGACACGAUGAAAACAUCUGAGGAAGUAGCUGAUUUCGAAAAGGAAUUCCGACCGGAUGACGUUGAAUUGUGUCAUGCCGCGACCAAAAUCCAAGCUUCAUUCCGAGGUCAUAUGACUAGGAAACAACAGGCCGGCGGAAAAGACGAGCCUGGCGCAACGGCUUCUGGCUUGACUUCUAAAGAUGAGAGUCUCGAAUCACAGUUGAAAAACGUCGACAUAAACAAGGUGCCGACGAGCGUUAAUAUUAUGGACGCGGACCUAGACCAGCUGUUGGACGUUGACUUGGCCGAUCCGGAGCUGCACAAAGCCGCCACAAAGAUUCAGGCGUCGUUCCGCGGGCACAAAGCUCGGAAGGCUGAUGACGCAAUCGAUGCCAAGCAAUAGGACCGCCGCCGCUGUAUAAAAUUUCCAUUAUUAUUAUUAUUAUUAUUAUUAUUAUUAUUAUUUGUAUUUGAUUUUUUUCUUGCAUUCAACAAUGCUAUGGUAAUAAUAAUAAUAUCCAUCGAGGACGGACGAGUUAUAAUGCAGCAUAAUGAUACCACUGCAACUGUUAUACUUAUACUACUGCGGUUAUUAUUAUUAUCAUGACCAUAGUAAUUUUCGAUAGUAUUAUUUUAUUUCACUGCGGAUGUAGGAGAGGAAACGUUUUAUUAAAACUACAUUUAUAUUUAAUAUAGGUUUUCCAACGCUGCCGUGACAAGUUUCUUAUUAGGUUCAGCAACAUAAUAAUAUGUCAAUCGGUUUGUAAACCACAGCAUUACCUAUAUUAUAUUAUACCUAAUUAAAUAGAAUCGUUCGAUUUUUUUUCUCUUAAGCUAAUAACAUUCCUUUUCCGCCAUCCUCGUCUUAUAUUAUAAUACAGUCAUAAUAUUAUAUUCAUUUUCACUAUGUCGAUUGUGACCAACGCGAAAUUCGUAUCAAUGUGUAAUUAUUAUUAUUUUUACUAUUAUUAAUUAUUAAUACAUAUUAUAUUUUAAAACACGCACAUCAAUUUAAAUACUUUUCUGGAGUUUCUACCAAAAAAAUAAACUACGGUCGAUAUUGUAUUUCGUAUAUUAUAUACCUACCUUAUGUAUUGUAACUAAAAUUUGGUAGCUGCAGGGUAAUAAUACUAUAAUAAUUAUAUGAAUACCGUUGUGUCCCAUCAGAAUGUAAUAAUCAAAUGUAAUCGUAAUCAAAAUAAUAAUAAUUAUAAAUUAAAUUAAAAAUCACGAAAAUGACGAGGGUUACUAUUACAUUGAGCUUGGAGAGCUUAUCAUUUAUGCGUCGUUCCAAAGAAUAGUAAUAAUUAUUAUUUUCUUCUAUGCUGCACGGUGUGAUUCCAACGCUGCAGUAUUAUUUUAUUGCCAUAAUCGUUUCAUAACUACUUUUUUCGACCAGUCGUUUUAAAAAUUUUAACGUUUACGAGAUAAUAUUAAAUUUAUUAUUAUUAUUAUUAUUAUUGACUAUUGUAGUUAUAAAUUAUAAUAUAUACAUCGUAUAAAAAUCAUACAUUACUUAGACGAAACUCGCAUUUAUAUAGUACCUACGUAGGUAAUCAACGUAUAUCCACAAAAACGAACCAAUUGCUUGAAAUUUCUGUUUUUACAAUUUACUAAUUAUUAUUAAUCGAGUAGGUUGUAGAAAAAAUGUUUGAUAAUUUUACAUAAAUUUAUAAACAUUAACUAUUACAAAACAUCACUUUAAGCACUCGUAUACACCGGCAAACAAAAUAUUGCCUGUUGGGUCAUUUAAAAAUUAAAAUUUGUAUUUUAAACUCAUUGUCGCUGCUCACUUGAAAAAUAUAUUACAUUUAUACAAAUAAAUGAUUGAAAAAUAAUUUUUUCGUAAAAUACCUAUUCUUUGAAUAAAAAUAGUUUACUGUUUUUCUUUUUAUUUCAAACGAUAAAUUCCUUAUUAUUACCAUUAUAUUUCAUUAACCAUUUAAUAAUUUGAUAUUUAAUUUAAUUUCAACAUAUAGCAUUAUUAUUGUUAUUAUUAUCAUCAUUAUAUACUUUAAUCAAUCAAUCAAUCAAUUUAUUAUAUAGGUAAUACGUAGUCGUUUAUUGUAGAAUUUUUUUUUCCAACAACAAAACAUUCACACUUACACACACGUACACAAUAUUAUAAUAUACACCAACUAUA